AUGUCCUCAAAUCAAACCACAAACAUUGCAUCAUCAUCAUCGUCAUCUCAAAAAUUAGCAUUAAAAGGAUCAUCCAAAAUAGUUUCAGAUUAUUUUGAAUUUGCAAUAAAUUCAAUAUUAUAUCAAAGAGGAAUAUAUCCACAAGAAGAUUUUCAAAUUAUUAAAAAAUAUGAUUUACCAAUGAUUAUAAUAAAUGAUGAAGAUGUAUCGAAUUAUAUACAAAAUAUAAUGAAACAAUUAAAGAAAUGGAUAUAUGGUAAAAAAAUUACAAAAUUAAUUGUUGUUAUAAUAUCAAAAUCAACUGGUGAAAACUUGGAGAGAUGGGAAUUUAAUAUUGAAACUAAGGAUGAUGAUGAUAACUCACAUGAAGGUGGCAAAAAUGAAUCAAAAGCAAAAUCAGAAAUUCAAAAAGAAAUACGAGCUAUUAUUCGACAAAUUACAUCAAGUUCAACUUUUUUACCAAUAUUAAAAAAUGAUGAAUAUACUUUUAAUGUAUUAGUUUAUACUGAUUUAAAUUCAACAAAUAAUAUCCCAAUUCAAUGGUUAGAUACUCAUGGUGAUGGUAGACAUUUAAUUGGAAAUAAUAUUGAUAAAGUUGAAUUUUCAAGUUUUAGUACUGAUUUACAUAAAGUUAAUACUUCAGUAAGUUAUAAAUUUGAAUGA